CGGAGAGGGCUAAUGCUUUUGAAAAUUGACUAAAUAGAAAAAGUUUUUAAUAUCAGAUAUUUAAUCCUAAAUAUUUAUGUCCGCUGCAUCGAUCGGUUGCUGAUAUUAGUUUUAGAAAAGGCUUACAAUAACUAAUUUUUGCUGAUAUAUAUUAAAAAAUAAAAUUCUGAAAUGUUACCUUUCAAGGGUUAAGAAACCGGAGAUAAUUCUUCUGCAAAUCAAUAUAUGUGUUUUUUUAAUUUAGCAUUUAACCGAUCGUGAUUUAAUAAUUAACUCAUCCGCUCAAACUUUUAUCGUCAGAGAGGUUCCUAUACAAAGGAUAAGAAUCUAUUCUGAAAAUAAUGUUUCUUAUCAGACGACAACUCAUAACAAAAGCAAAAAGUUGUUACACUGUAGCUAAUAUAUCUGGUGUAAGCUUAAAUAUCUGUUGUAAACACUUAUCAAGUAGUGGCAUUCAUACAGCAACAGAGGAAAAUAUGAAACGUUUGGAAGGAAAGGUAGCAAUAGUUACAGCUUCUACGGAAGGCAUUGGUUUUGCAAUUGCUAAACGUUUGGCCGAGGACGGUGCGGCUGUGGUAAUCAGCAGUCGGAAGGAGCGAAAUGUUGAAAAUGCGGUAGAACGUUUACGAAAAUUAAAUCUUAAAGUUACGGGCUUAAAAUGUCAUGUUGGAGAAAAGCAAGAUAGAAAACGGCUAUUUGAAGAAACUAUACGCACGUUUGGAAAAUUAAAUAUUUUAGUAUCUAAUGCCGCUACAAAUCCAGCAGUGGGUGGUGUGUUGGAGUGCGAGGAAAGCGUCUGGGAUAAAAUAUUCGACAUCAAUGUUAAAUCUUCUUAUUUACUUGCAAAGGAGGCAUUGCCUUAUUUACGAAAGGAACAAGGUUCUAAUAUAGUUUUUGUGUCUUCCAUAGCUGGCUACGAUGCUUUCAAUUUGUUAGGAGCAUACUCCGUUAGUAAGACGGCUUUAAUUGGAUUAACUAAAGCAGCAUCCAAAGAGUUGGCUAGCGAAGGAAUUCGAGUAAAUUGCUUAGCACCAGGAAUUAUUAAAACCAAAUUCUCAAGUGCGCUGUACGAAACUGAAUCGGCUAACGAAGCAUCCAUCUCAAAAGUACCUAUGGGACGUCUGGGUACCCCAGAAGAAAUGGGUGGAGUAGUAUCAUUUUUAGUUUCUGAUGACGCUUCUUAUAUUACAGGCGAAACCAUUCUCGCUGCCGGUGGUAUGUCAGCUAGAUUAUAAAUUUACUGCAUUUAUGUGAAAUGUACGGUUUUUUUUUAUUGAUUUCGUUAUAAGUAAAAUAUGUAUGUCUUAA